AUGGUUGUAAUUAAAAAUAAAAACAAAGUUGAAGCCAUUUUAAAAACACACGAAUAUUUGUCAAGCGACAUUUUGGAAGAAGAUUAUGUAAAAAUAUUUAAACCAUAUCGCCUUAUACAGGAAGUGUUAGGAUCAUGCCGUGUUGAUAUUAAAUACCGAUUCGUUACCGCACCCAGCUUUUUCAAAAAAUGCUAUACAAUUGUUGGUUUAGUAUCAAGUGCUCUUGGGACGUUUUGUUUAAUGAAAAACUAUUGGAAAAGACGUUAUAUUGACCGUGUCAUGAUCGGUUUGAACACAUUUGGGGUGUCGGGAUUAAUUGCAAUAUUUUUAAUCAGUAUAUUUCAUGCUCGAUUCUGCAACAACAAGGGUAAUGUUCAGUUGCAUGUCAAGAUGCAAGAAACAAAUAACCUUAUGAAGCUUCAUAACAAUAAAGUCAAUAACUUGCAGUAUAAAAUCAAUUCCUUGAAAGUUUUAGCUUUGGUGAUUGCGUUCGUACUAUUUAUGAUACUAAGUUUUGUAAUAACUGAGGUCGACUAUACAUUUUAUGAAAUUAUAAUGCCGUCGUGCGCAUUAAUAUGCUUCGUAGUUGAACUAAUUUCAACUGCCAGUUGUAUAGAGUUCUUCUCUUUUCGAGUUAGAUUGAUAAAUGCAAUGAUAAUAAAUCAUCUCAGAAUGACUGUGGGCCCGUUUAAAUAUUUUUCAUCUGGAAACCUUCUAGUUACGGACUUCGUGCAACUGAUCGCUGUGGCUGUCGUGAAAUGUUAUCUGCUUUGUACAUUGUGUAUCCAAGCUGAAAGAUUUUCCCGUGAAGUCAAAAAAACGAAAAAACUUUCAAUUAUAAUUAUAUCACGUUACAUUAAUGGGCCAUUGAUGUUAAAAGCCAAGAAAAUGAUUGACAUAAUAGAAGAGACUCCGCCCAGUUUCUACGUGUACGGCAUGUGGCGGCUGGACGCGUGGCUUCUGCUCACCAUGUUCAACGUCAUCACCAGUUGGCUGGUUACUCUUCUGCAGUUUGCUUUUUUGUAG